AUGGAAACUUUUCAAAAAGAAGAAGAAAUUCCCAUUUCAUGAAAUGAAGAAUUAGAGCCCUUUACUCGUCUCGCUUAUGUUUCUCCAAAAUAUCUUUCCUUUUACCUAACUCUUGGAAUAUCAACCUUAGAAUCCUUAAUAAUACAAGGCUCAAGUUCUACCGCACAGAAUUGCUGAGAUCGUCUGAAAACCCUUAACAGCAUACUUAAUGAUGAAGAUAAUUUUUUAAUUUACCAACAACUAAUUGAGCUAAUGUCCUCAUCUCAGGAAGAUGCUAAUACUAAGCUUUGCUGGCUUAAUGAAUAUAUGCAAAAUAAUCAAAAUAAUGCUGCUGAAGGGCUUGCAUUUUCUAUUAAAGAAAUUAUUGAUUGCUAUAGGAGGCAGUAUUCUUUAAGUGUGGAUAAUUCUCAAAACGUCAUAAUACAUGACGCAAGAAUUUUACUGCAAAAAUUUGCUGAAGAUGUUGGCUUAUAUAUAAUUGUAGUUAACAAUUGGAAAAAAGAGGUAUUUUAUAGUGAUGAAUUUGAAGCAGCUCCUGUCAUUAAUCUUUUCUGUGAUAAUUUGUGCUGACUCACCCCCCUCUGUGAGUGAACAAAACCAUUAGAAAAAUCGCUAUUUUUUUGCCCAAAAACCCACCCUCCGUAAGUGAACAAAGAUUUUUCUAAUAGAAAAAUUUGUUAUGGAAAAAAAUUUGAUAUAUAAAUGAUUAUUGGUAUAAUAAAAUCUAGAGCUGUUUCUGUUUAAUUUUGUACGAAUUGCUUUUUAAUACAUAAAUUUUAUAAAUUUAAAUUAAUAUUUGCUUUCCAAUUUUUGCGAAUUAGGAUUUUUUUAAAUUUUGAAAAAAAAAUAUUUUUUAUAAAAUUUAUAUAUAUAAAUUUUUUUUUAAAACAAAAAAUUAACCCCCCUCCGUGAGUGAACAAAAUUUUUAUGUUCACUCACGGAGGGGGGGAGUGAGGAAUCCUUUAUCACAAGGAUUUUAUAUCAGAAAUCGACACAAAUAAUAUAAACCGGCUCCCUUUUCUGUAUAUCAAAGAAGCUCCCUGUGCAAUUCCGCAAUCCCUUGCUCCUGAUGAUAUAACUGAUGAAGACUCAAGCGAAAGUGACGCCAAAACUCAAUCCUUAAAUGAAGCUAUUUCUUUGUUAUCAGAAAUCUACUCACAAGUAUUAAUUCCAAAAACAACCUCUGCAAAAGUAAAAUAUUGGCUCAAAAAUAUUUCUAAUGAAAUUGAUCCAUAUGAGCUUAAAAAUUUCGAAAGAGUUCUAGAUGAACAAAAGAAUAAUGAAUUUAUUCAUAUUAAAUGCAGCCAUGGGAGUGAGAGUAAAAAAAAAUACAGUUGUGGAAAGCAGCAUUGUUCGGUCUGUUUGAAAAGCUAUGUUUUAUUGCAAAAUUAUCUUAGAUUGCCUUUAGAAAAAUGCUUAUGCGGGAUUGCUCUGCCAUUUAAUGAAGUUAUAAAGCACCAAGGAAAAGUUUGUGGGGUUUGAUUGCUUAAUUAAAAGUUAUAACGUUUAACGUCCUCGAUGGAGCUGGUUCUGAAAUUUUAUAGGUUUUAAGUCCAUAGACCUCUGGGUUGGUCUUCUCGACAUUGCUGACUUCGAAGGCUCAUGAAUGAUCCGCUUUCCCAUUACUGAUUAACGCCAUUUGAUGACUAAAGUCUACUUUGCUAUAGCAGGAUGGAAGUGAGUAACCCACAGUCUUUCAGAAUCCCUUGGAUUUUUCCAGAGAGAAGCUAGCCCCUCCAAUUUGCUUCAGUCUUUGCUGGGAUAGAAUUCCCAUUUAAAGCCAAGCCUCAUAAUCAUAAAUGCAUAGUUUUUGCUAUUUUUAUGAUUAUGCUUGCGGGUUUUGCAAAACAAUGAAACCAAAAAAGCUGUUUAAAAAAGUUUCAUGUUUUUCACAUAAAAUCUGCCUUGCUUGCAGAGUAAAAAGUCUACGAGAAGGGAAUGGAUCUUGCCCAUUAGGAGACAGAGAGUAUUCAAAUGAUGAGCUUAAAUAUUUGAAUACUCUUUCACGUGAUGUUUUAAAUUAUCCGCUUAAUUUGUAA